GCUGAGGACACAACACUAGAACCCGUCUCUGUUCUGUCUCUACUGCUCACAGUGCGAGUCUGAUUCUCUCCUCACAUCUGCCUGGUCAUUGUCAUCAACUUGGGGAAUACAAACAUCUGCGAAGAAUCUGUUUGAAAAGGACAGACGGCCCUCUCAGCCCCCCUCCCCACACCCCAGUGAUGCUUAGCUGCUGUACCCCAGAGGCCCGCCUUGGCAGUUAGAGGAGAGGUCAUCACCAUGACGGCGUCCUCGCAGGACUCCACGCCCUCGUCUGUGGCCGGCCUCUUCCUGCUGCUCCUGCUCCCAGCUGUCCUCACGCAGUCUGCUGUCCCGACGACCCCGUCGUUGUUUGACCCUCUGACCCAGCCAGAGUGCACGAAGAAAGAGCAUCCAAAGGUUUCAAUCCAAGCACUCAGUCCGUGGAUUUCCACUUUCUCCUGCCCCGGCGUGAGAGACUUCUCCCAGCUCACCCUUGACCUGACGAGGAAUGAGCUUAUUGUGGGUGCCAGAAACCACCUGUUCAGACUGGACCUCAGUAACAUGUCGCUGAUACAGGCGACAGAAUGGGCACCGGACGAGGAAACCAGGAGGUCCUGUCAGAGCAAAGGCAAAACAGAGAUUGAAUGUCAAAACUACAUCAGGGUCCUGCUGGUAAACAAGACUGAGGUCAUGACCUGUGGAACCAAUGCUUUCCAGCCACUAUGUAUUACCCGAGAGGUGGGCAACAUGAGCAGCGUGCUGGAGCGGGUGAACGGAGUGGCGCGCUGCCCGUACGACCCUCGCCACAACUCCACAGCGGUGGUGACGGAGAGCGGGGAGCUGUAUGCUGCCACCGUCAUCGACUUCUCCGGCCGCGACCCCGUCAUAUACCGCAGCCUGGGCGGCAUGCCACCUCUCCGCACUGCACAAUACAACUCCAAAUGGCUAAAUGAGCCCCACUUCAUCUCGGCCUACGACAUUGGCCUCUUCACCUUCUUCUUCCUGAGGGAGAAUGCCGUGGAGCAUGACUGUGGCAAGACGGUCUAUUCCCGCGUGGCGCGAGUCUGCAAGAACGACAUCGGCGGGCGGUUUCUCCUGGAGGACACUUGGACCACUUUCAUGAAGGCGAGGCUCAACUGCUCCCGCUCCGGGGAGAUCCCCUUCUACUACAACGAGCUGCAGAGCACCUUCUACCUGCCAGAGCAAGACCUCAUCUACGGCAUCUUCACCACCAAUGUAAACAGUAUUGCAGCAUCUGCGGUGUGUGCCUUCAACCUGAGCGCCAUUACCCAGGCCUUCAACGGGCCCUUCCGCUCCCAGGAGAACCCUCGCUCCACAUGGCUUCCCACGACCAACCCCAUCCACAACUUCCAGUGUGGUACUAUAGAUGAUGAGGGUCCCAACGAGGGUCUGACAGAGCGCAGCCUGCAGGACGCCCAGCGGCUCUACCUGAUGAAUGACGUGGUCCAGCCAGAGUCUGUUGAUCCUCUGGUCAUGCAGGAUGACGUUCGCUUCUCCAACCUGGUUGUGGAUAUUGUUCAGGGCAUGGACACCCUCUACCAUGUUAUUUACAUCAGCACAGAAUAUGGCACCAUCUUAAAGGCACUGGCUACAACCAACAAGAACCUACAAGGUUGUUACUUGGAGGAGAUGGAGCUCCUCCCGUCGGGUGUGCGGGAACCAAUCUUGAGUCUGCAGAUCCUACACAGCGACAGGUCGCUCUUCGUUGGGCUCAACGACCGAGUCCUGAAGAUCCCGCUGGAGAGGUGCUCCACCUUCAAAACUGAGACGCUCUGCUUGGAGGCGAGGGACCCCUACUGCGGCUGGGACUUUAGGCAGCGCAGAUGCACCACGCUGGAGGACAGCUCCAACAUGAGCCAAUGGAAGCAAAACAUCACGGUUUGUCCGCUGCGGAAUCAAACCACCAACGGAGGCUUCGGAGCCUGGGCGCCCUGGCAGCCCUGCAACAACGAUGACAGCGUGGAUGGCGUGAGCUCCUGUUUGUGUCGCUCCAGGUCAUGUGACAGCCCCGCGCCGCGAUGUGGGGGCAAAAACUGUGAGGGCCCCACCAUCGAAGUCUCCAACUGCUCCAGAAAUGGAGGCUGGACGCCUUGGUCGUCAUGGGGACAGUGCAGCACAACCUGCGGUACGGGCUUUGAGCUGCGACAGCGUUCCUGCAACAACCCCUCACCUCGACACGGCGGCCGUGUGUGUGUGGGGCCGAGCAGGGACGAGAGGUUCUGCAAUGAAGGAGUGUCCUGUCCUCAGCCCAUCUUCUGGUCCCCGUGGGGCUCCUGGACCAAGUGCAGCACAGAGUGUGGAGGAGGUGUCCACUCCAGGGUCCGCACCUGUGAAAAUGGCAACAGCUGCCCAGGAUGUGCACUGGAGUACAAGGCCUGUAACCUGGAGGCGUGUCCAGAGGUAAAGAGGAACACACCUUGGACUCCCUGGAUGCCCGUCAACGUGACUCAGGGCGGAGCUCGCCAGGAGCAGAGGAUGCGCUACAUGUGCCGGGCCCACCUGUCCGAUCCCCACGAGCUGCAGAUUGGACGCCGGAAGGUGGAGACGCGCUUCUGUCCCAAUGAUGGAACAGCAGUCUGCGAAACGGAUACCCUUGUCGAGGAGCUGCUGAAGACGCCGGUGGUGAGAGUGGCCGGUGCCGGCUGGUCAUCGUGGGAGACCUGGUCGAGCUGCUCACAGAGUUGUGCCAAAGGGUACCGCACCAGACGGCGAACCUGUUCUGGACCGGAAGGGAAGAGCGCCCCUGUUGCAUGCCGUGGGUCACCUGUGGAGUACCAGGACUGUAACGUCCAGGCGUGUCCUGUAAAAGGUGCAUGGUCCUGCUGGUCGUCCUGGUCUGUGUGCUCAGUGGGUUGUGGCGGGGGUCACUACCAGCGCACACGCUCCUGCAACAGCCCCGAGCCCACUAAUGGAGGGGACAUCUGCAUAGGACUGCACACUGAAGAGGCCCUGUGCAACACACACACCUGCGACGGUGGCUGGAUGGCCUGGUCGCUGUGGUCAGCCUGUGAUGAUUCAGGCUUGCAGAUGAGGAGUCGGGUGUGUGGUGCUCAGGGAAGCACCCCCUGUGUGGGAAACAGUACUCAGCGCAGAGACUGCAAUGAAAUACCUGUCAUUCUCCCUGCAUCUGGUUUUGAUAAGGACCAACACUGUGGAGCAUUUACCUCCAUCCACCUCAUCGCUACGGGUGUUUCCUGUUUCCUCGGGGCGGGGCUGCUGUCGUUCCUGAUCUACGUCUACUGUCAGCGUUUCCACAAGCCUUCACAAGAGUCGGCCGUCAUCCACCCCACCACCCCCAACCACCUCAACUACAAGGGCAACACCACGCCAAAGAAUGAGAAGUACACACCCAUGGAGUUCAAGACGCUUAACAAGAACAACCUGCUGCCAGAUGAAAGAUCCAACUUCUACCCGACGCCGCUCCAGCAAACAAACGUCUACACGACUACCUACUAUCCCACAGCGCUCGGAAAAUACGACUACCAGCCCAACUCAUCCCCUUCGCCGUGCAGGACCUACAACCAAAACAACAACAGCUGAGACUCGCCCCACAAGUCGCCCCCCGCCAACGAACAACACCCCGAUGCCACGGUGACAUAACUGAAUGGACACAAAGUGAAACGUUUCUCAGAGCUUGGCCAGGUUCUUCUGUUGGUCAUUGCCCCCUCUCCUCGCUCCCGUAGGCUCUUCCACUUGGCGGGUUUGUGUCUUCAAGGGCGUUUCUGGAACUUUCCAACAGGAGAUGAGGGUUUGGACAACAAGGCCUGGUGCAGUCAGGGACUUAUGCAACCAGCUGGGGUGUGUUAUUGUAAGGAAUAUAGCAGAGUCAACUCUUCAUGCUGGGAUCCAGUGGAAAAUUCUAGCAGGAUGAGUUCUGGCUUCAGACAGAUUGUUAUGACCAGGACACCCCGGCACAGGUGGCGAGUUUGGAAUCCACAAUUCUGGAGACGAGAACGAAAUAUUUUAAAUAACUUUACAUUUCUCCAGAUCUGGGUCACUUCGCUCUUCAUUACUAACUACAUUCUCAGCCUGUAAUGAACUAUGAGUCCCUCGACAACAGAAGCAGUUACUGAGACAAACGGCGCAUAUCAUUAUGUCCUUGCCACACAGCACAGAGCAAGAGAACAACAACAACAACAAAAGAGAAAACUCAAUGAAGUCGAUGAUGAAAUAAAUUAGAGAUCGAUAUCAGCCCAUUUGUCGGGGACGGAUGCACGCCCUCCAUUGUUGGCAUUUCACGUGACAGGAAAAGAUAAGAACUUCAAAGUCGAUUUUCGGAUGACUGUGUGGAAAAGUCACAGUCGGAGUUGUGAGUCGCCUUUUUGUGGACAAGGACGUAAAGAGAGCAGAGGGGGAUUGUGGGAAGCGGUCUGAACUGUACAUAAAGCUUUGGGAAUGCCUUGGGUGCCUGUAUGCAAUAGAGGGCAGGGGCGUGAUUUGUUUUCUUUCUAUUUCUUCUGUUUUGAUUUUUUUCCAAGAACAAUAAAAUACUUCUGAAAGGGAAUUAAUUGAUUCUCCAAUUGAUUCUACAAUGGAUGCAUCGAUUCUACUGAGUGCUAAAUAGCUCGGUGGUCAUAUCAAAUAUGGCCAGUGUGCUGAACAACUGGAUUGGGUUUUCUAUGAUGGUAGAAUAAGCUAGUAGACUGGCACUUGUUCUUUUUUCUUUUUUUAAAUGUUUGUUUUUUAAGAUAUUUGUUUUAUUCUCAAACGAGCUGUAGCAUAGGAGGAAAUAUUUUGUUAAAUAAGAUAUAGCUGAUUAAUUCUUGUUUCUCUAAUUUCCCUUCCCUGAAUGAACACAUUCCUUUUUGUUUUCUUGAUUUAUUUCUCAUGAGUUUGGUAUCCAUUGCAUCUCCAAUAGGCUAAUGUUAACACAAAGAUAAAACAAUAAGACUUAAUGGUAUGGUUUUUACAAAGAAUGACUGUAACAAAAGCAUCCAUUCGGCCUCGGCUUGAAAAGAAAAAAACUAAAUUAUGCUUGCUUAGAAGUUUGCCUGUGUGAAGAUCAAAAUGAGUGCAUGUGUGUGUGGAUGUGUGUACAUGCAAAGACAUGUAUCUCUGUGUGUCGUGUGCCUGGAUGAGGAAAGGGCAGUGGUUGUAUUUUGUACAAUGUAAAUGCUUUCAUACAUAUGACUAUAUACGAGGAUGUUUUUUUUUUGUUCCACGUUCUGUUGCUGACACUCCAGGCGGUCUACUGUUUUUUUUCUAUACUUCACAUAUGAGAUGUUAAUCAUCGUAAGUUAAAGCAUCACGCCUCUGGUACCCGCAGAGGUGGAAAUGACACUAUUUAUAGUCAAAGCUUGGUUUAUAAAGGGCAUUUUCACAGCUAUAUUUUAUUAUUAUUAUUGCCUGAUCGAUGAAUGCUAACCCAGCAAUGCUUUUCAGUUCAGCUACUGUACAUGCACGAGAUGAGAGCUCUAUCUGUAUAUAGGAGCGACAGCCUCCUGCAGCAACAUUUAAUGAUGACCCUGCAGAGGAUCGUGUAAAUGUAUCUGUAUAUUGUAUAGCUAACACUGUUUGUUUUAAAAAAAAAAAAAGCCUUAUAGUUGUUUAAAAAAAGUGCAGCAGCUAAGUACACACCAACCAUGAGGUUUGUUUGGGGACAGAGCUCCACACUGUGACCAGCCGCUUGUGGCUACUGACCUUUCCCAGCUGCUCAAACAUCAAAAAUCCAGACUGAAAGUAACAGCACUGAUAACGAGACACUAUCGGAUAUUACAGACCGUGUGUAGUCACAUAUAUUGCAGAAAUUGAAUUGAGGAGAAGCUGUUUUGAUCUAAACUAAGCCUGCAUUGGCUCCGUCUGAAAGCCAGUCAUCUGAUUGGUCCAUGCUGAGCUCUGUCCCCUGCGAUGUGAGGCUCUGUGCCCUUCUAUGCAACUUACCAGGUGUACUGUUAGACCUGUCAUGUAGACUGUAAUCACUGCCUUUUAGACACUGUGAAUUUUUUGGUACCCUAUAUUUUUGUAUAUUGUACAUUAUAAAGGAUAAUAAACCUUGAUGCCAACACAGCA